CUCCGCCCCCCGCCACGCGCCGGCCGCCAGCGUGCCCGCCGCCCGUUGCCCCGGCAACCGUCGUGCCGCGUCUUCAGGAGGGAUCCGUAAGCCGGCGGAUCCCACCACCCGCUCCACCACACUGCCCCGCGGUUUUCGUGAGGUCUCAGGGACGGAGGGACAGUAAAAAUGGCGGAGCGGAGCCAGACGGCGCCUGAGGCAGGCAGUGAUUUGGGAAAUGAUGAUGCUAUCGGAGGGAAUGUCAGCAAACAUGCAGUACUUCCAGUUGGAUACUGUGGACAGCUGAAGAAAGGACAUCUUGUAUUUGAUGCCUGCUUUGAGAGUGGUAACCUUGGCCGGGUGGACCAGGUCUCUGAGUUUGAAUACGAUCUCUUCAUUAGGCCUGAUACCUGUAAUCCACGCUUCCGUGUCUGGUUCAACUUUACUGUUGAAAAUGUGAGAGAAUCACAGAGAGUCAUUUUCAACAUUGUUAAUUUCAGUAAAACCAAGAGUCUUUAUAGAGAUGGAAUGGCGCCUAUGGUGAAAUCUACCAGCAGACCCAAAUGGCAAAGACUGCCACCUAAAAAUGUUUACUACUACCGCUGCCCGGACCACAGGAAAAAUUACGUGAUGUCCUUUGCAUUUUGUUUUGACCGAGAAGAAGACAUUUACCAGUUUGCUUACUGCUACCCUUAUACAUACACCCGCUUUCAGCAUUACCUUGACAGCCUACAAAAGAGAAACAUGGAUUACUUCUUUCGAGAGCAGCUGGGUCAGAGCGUGCAACAGCGGCGGCUUGAUCUCCUGACAAUAACCAGCCCUGACAAUCUCCAGGAAGGGGCAGAGCAGAAGGUAGUCUUCAUCACAGGGCGCAUCCACCCUGGGGAAACACCUUCUUCAUUCGUGUGCCAAGGCAUCAUUGACUUCCUCAUAAGCCAGCACCCUAUUGCCCGUGUCCUGAGGCAACACCUGGUCUUCAAGAUCGCACCAAUGCUCAACCCGGAUGGAGUCUACCUUGGCAAUUACAGAUGCUCUCUUAUGGGGUUUGACCUGAAUCGGCACUGGCUGGAUCCCUCUCCAUGGGCCCACCCAACCCUGCAUGGGGUGAAGCAGCUCAUUGUCCAGAUGUACAACGACCCAAAAACAAGCCUGGAGUUUUACAUUGACAUUCACGCCCACUCCACCAUGAUGAAUGGCUUCAUGUACGGCAACAUCUUCGAGGAUGAGGAGCUGUUCCAGAGGCAGGCCAUCUUUCCCAAGCUCCUCUGCCAGAAUGCUGAGGACUUCUCCUACUCCAGCACAUCCUUUAACCGGGAUGCCAUGAAAGCAGGAACUGGCCGCCGCUUCCUUGGGGGACUCCUGGACCACACUUCCUACUGCUAUACGCUAGAAGUCUCCUUCUACAGCUACAUCAUCGGGGGUACCACCGCUGCUGUGCCGUACACUGAAGAAGCCUAUAUGAAGCUGGGCAGGAAUGUGGCAAGGACGUUUCUGGAUUAUUAUCGGCUGAACGCCCUGGUUGAGAAGGUGGCAAUCCCCGUGCCCAGGCUGCGGAAAGAAAAAGCCCCUACAAGCACCCAUUCCUGCGGAGCAACUACCCCAACAGCAAAGGGGGCAAGAAGAGCUAGGUGAACCACAGAGACCCUGCAAAUCCUUUCUAAAGACAUGGAGACCAGGGAGGUUCCGUGGGGGGGCAGGGGCAUGCAUCUCCUGCUGAGGCAUGAAAUUAAUCACCUUUAUCACCUUUCUCUGGUUUCCAAGACAAGGAUGCGUGGGAUAACGCAUAGGCUAGUGAAAGGGAAGGGGAAAAAUGAGAAAUUUCAUCAUUGAUUUUCCCUGUUACCAAUGGAAAAUUGAUUGGGAGCCUGCAGCUCAAGGCCAGGAAUCAAAUAGGAGCCUGGAACCAGGCAGCACAGAUGCUAUUUUCCUCACCGUGGAGAUUCAAAAGCCUACACCUUUUUAAGGGCUUUCACACAUCUCAAGCUAGUUCUUUGUCUUUUAAAGUUAUGUAGUUAUUACAGAAGGUUGCCUUUUCGGAUAGGCUAUGAUUGUUUACAGCUUUAGAAACGCAGUGCCCAAAUCGACACAUGCAACCCCAAGGCAAACAUGCUGUUGGGAAAAAUGGGACAGAAUUUUUGAAAUCAACGAUGUCUGAGAUAGAUAGAUAGAUAGAUAGAUAGAUAGAUAGAUAGAGUCUCUAUCAACUGCAUGCUGCUUUCCCAUCCCUCUAAAGCCCAGCAUGAAACUUCCAAGAAGUGUUCAGGAAGCCAUUUCCCUUUCCUGGGCAGUUUGAUCAAAAGUGUAGCCCCCUCAAAAUGAGAAGUGUUGGCACUCAUUCCAGAAGGUCUGUCACGGUGAAGGUCUCCAGAACCCUGGUGACAGGGAUCAAGCCUGACCCCUGAAGAGGUAGCCAUUGGUAAUCUGCAAUAAGGAAAGGGUGAUUGCCAGCAAAGGGAGCUGCAAAAGACAAAAGAAUGCACCCUGAGGCAAGCAGGAAUGAUAAAAUAAAACAACAGCGGCUGCAGUCCCCGAGGUGGGGCAAGCUAAAUAUUGUGCAUUUUUCUGAAGAAGAAAGUGCCUUUGUAUGAUGAAUGGGUCCCGGGGAGGCUGCUCUCUUCCUGUCUGUGGAAGCAGCAGGCUGAGUCACCAUGACAGCCUGCUAAUUAAAAUGACCUCCCGGAAAUGAGGAUUAGGAGAUAGGGAGAGGCAGGAAGGCUCCAGGGAGAUAGGGCCUUUAGCACAAAGCUCCAGUUAGUCUUGCUUUUGGUUUAGGUUGGAGAUUUUCAAAGUUGGUUGCAAAAAUCAAGAGCUAAGCUUGCUCGCCUUUUGCAUUUUGGUUUUCAGAAACGAUAACAAAGAACCAUAAGUUACUUGGCUACAGAUGUUGUGUUGUAUAUACAGCUUCUCCCCUGUGUUCUUCUUGCCCAGAGGAACAUAAAUAAAGUAGUUUGUGCAGCUCCUCUGUUCCUCUGAGCAUUCUUGGCACCUUUCCCUUAGGUCUCCCUUCCUCAAAAACCAACCAGCCAACCCCAGAUUGAUGUAAGCAUCACUUUGAGAUCAGGGAUUCUGUCACCAAGAUAGGGAAGAACAGUCAGGACAUGACCUUCCAGCACUUUCUGUGUCAGUCCUGGGGAGUUUGACUGAAACCAGCUCAACAUGACAGCUUCACUGUAGACAGCACGAACAGAGUCUAAAAUGAGAGCAUCAGAGUCCAGAUCUAGGGUUUCUUGGCCAGGCGACUGCCAUAAGGGUGUGACCAUGUACAAGUAUCAACCUCCUAUUUUUGAAAACUGAACUGAUUGAUUAGGCAAUGGACAGAAGCUGUGCUAGUGGUUUAAGAAUAAAAACUUAGAGACAAGUCACUAUCGAUUCU